UUGAACCAAUAUGCUGCCCUGAAAGCUUUCAGUUUCUUCAUCAAUGCAUUACAGGAUGCAGUUUUUUAUUAUUAUUACAAAUAUUGCAAAAUGCAAUUAUUUAUUUUAUUUUUUACAAUUUAUAUUGGUUAUGAUGGCAUAAAUAGCUUGAAGUACAUGUGAAAUUCUGUUCGCAAACUGUUUUACUUCCGUAAUAUGACCUAACUCUUAGCAAAACAGGAAAUUCGGCGAGGAAAAAAAUUUAGGAUGGGACUUAAUUUUAUCCAGAAUUGAUUGGAUCAUAUAAAAGUGGCCGUAGAGCCAAAAAGGAGGGGGGUGUGUUAUUACAUUUUGAUGCAUGAAGAUCUUAUUUACUUGAAAUAAUGCACACAGAUGAAUCACUCACAAUAAUACUGCAUUCACUUCCUGUCGGAAUUACUGUAAUUACGAGAUGACAAUUCAGAGAUUCUACUCGGAGCAGUUCACAUCCUCAGAAUGAGAAAUUAUAUGUUUCUAUGGCAAUGCUCAAACUGGCAAAAUGGAUCCAUUUGCAGCUUGAUUACAGAAAAAUAUUUCGGUAAAAAAGCUCUUUAACUCUCCAAAAGGGGGCGCUAUGUCAAGAGAAAAUUUACGCUGAAAAUAUUAAAGUCUCCGAAUACAUCAGUCAGGCAUACUGUAUGUGGUAUGGUUUGAAAGCUUGGAAUCAGUUCUGCAUUUGUUACCUAAAAUAACAAAUAAGGCCUGAAAAAUCAGCGCCACCUAGAGGUAAUUUUUUAGAAAUAUUAAUAUGAAUAUAAAAGUAUUUUAAAUAGCACUUAAAUGGACAUAUCAUAUAUCUAAUGAAAGCUCUCAUUCUGAGGAAUGCACAAAAUAAUAUUUUAUUUUGUUGCCCUAAUACCACAGUUUAAAAUAUUUUCAAAAGAAUCAAAAAGUGAAAUAUGAUUUCUGUAAGACAUCAAAUACAUUUGUCUCUUUUACGUGCCAAUCAAAGCAAUUGUAAGCCCCAAAUAACUAAAAAUGUAUAUCUGUUUUACCUUAGGCAGUUAAUUAGCAAUUUUUUCCUUGUCUAUGAGCUUGCUUGUGUGAAUAAUAAAAUGUUAUAUCUUAGAUGUCCAGAACAAAAUAUGCAGUCCAGCAGGAAAAAGACGCUAAAAACAUAAUCGGAAAUAUACUAUAUGCUAUCGACUAUUGAUUAUAAAAUAUACAUCAUCGCAUAGGGGAGGAUCUCCGCUUUCUAAUGACACUUAGAUUGAGCUUCUAGUCCACUCAGAGGCCAAGCUAUUCAAUGAAACAAUGGGGGUGGUGCAUGAACUGAAAAAUAGAACUAUGAGGUGGUGCAUGAACUAAAAUGCGUUAGCGCGCCCCCUACAUUUCAGAUCUGUGUAUUGUGAUGGAAUGUGAUAGAGAAAAAAAAUAUUUCUAGUACUUGCUGCCAUCUACUGGAAUAAAAAUAUUUGUUUUUAUUUUUAUAUUCAUCAUAAGAUUGUAAACAUAUACAAUAUUAUUUAUGAAUAAUUGGAGUCUUUUUUAAUUUCUGGCAGGGAUUUCUUUAAAAAAAAAUUGACCAAUUUGUGACAAUUAGUCCACAGUAUGUAUAAAUGGUGAGAUUUUAAAUUUGAGCGUAAAAAAUGCGCAAGGGGCACCCUAAAUAUACUCCAGAUCAGAAGAGGUUAAAUCACCUUUAAAUAUUGUUUUUAAUAUAUUUGGUCAGCUGACUUGAAUGUAUAUUUCGAAUUAGUUGGAUGUGUUCGAGACAUUUAUAAUAUAGCCAAAAUAUGAUUAUCUUUUACUUUAUCUUUCUAUCGCCUAUUCGUAAGCAAAGACUGUGAUGUGCUUGUGCAUUUAUGUUGUCAGUUUGAUCUUAAAUGUGUUGAGAUCUGACUCGGUGCACGGUGGUAGGGGUGUAUGUGUCCACUGCAAACUCGCAUUCACAUCUGCCUCCGUUCCGCUAUGCAACGCCCAUAUUUUCACAAUCCAAUCAAAAACCAAUGGAUAACCUCAAAUACCCAUCCAACAUUUGUUUUUUGUUCAAUAAGCUGUUUCACUUGGAAAUAUGUCACAAUACGGAAGUAAAGUUGGUCGCAACUUCUGUUUCAUACCAACUUUAUAAACCACAAAUUGGUCCAGGUGACACUGGCUACAAUAAAUGGCUUAUGAAACAGAAGUAUGUGUUCACUACCUUUUAAAUGUUGAGGCUGCUGCCAUUUUUAUUCUUUGUACAUGACAUUAUGAUUGUCAAGUCAGAGCUUACAUAGAAUUCAUAGUUUAAAACUUGUAAUUACAAGCGCUACAAAGCUACAUGACAUGAACACACCAUAAGACAAGGAACAUGCAUUAGGAAAUUGAUUGAUUGAUUCAACUGAUCUGUUCAGCAACAUUUUUGAACAUUUAAAAAGUUUCUAGAAUCAAAAAUGUCAAUAAAGCUACAACUUUUUAUUUAUUUAUUCCAAACUGUUAUUUAUAACUUAUAGACAUACUGUAUAUUCCAUUGUCAUGGAGACAUGAAAGUAAGAAGUCAACAUAUUAGUACUCAUUCUGUGUACUGCAAAAUGAAUGAAAGGGAGUAAGAAACAAUAAAGUUCACAUCAAGGCAACUUGAAGGUGAAGGAUGAAAAAGAGGACUAGAUUGAUAGGUUGGGUUGAGAAGAGCGAGGGCGAGAGAACAGUGAGUUAUUGUGUUGGUACACCAGGCACUGGGAGACACAUUAACGCAUUCACAGACUGACACGAACGCGCACAUAAGUGCGUGCUUCUGCCCACCGCUGCACAGACCAGAGCUGGCAUCCCAGAGGGCAUCACUUUAUUCCACUACUGUUCUUGCCUCUGAAACUUAAAGCCCAUGUUACGUUCACCCUCUCCAUCAUUCCAGAGAUCUUUGUCUGUAGGUUUCACCUCCAUCGUGGCAACUUUUAGAGCAUUUUGGGUCAAGCACUGUGUCCAGAUCAAAGAUACCCAAAACAGAGUGGAGGACUAGCUGAUGAGAGACUGUGGCACAAGCUAAACUUCAGUAUCAUCCACCAGGUCCAUUUGUCAAUUCACAUUCAGCUUACCUGCUGUUUCUUUUUGUGGACCACAGCUACAACAAAAGGAAAAGGACUUCACGAUUCUUGGUGACGUUUAAGUUUAUCAAAGUUUUCUAUCUGCAACAUCUCUUGGAGUCUUCCUAGUGAUCAUUCUUGGAAAAGAUGGCAACAACAGGCAUGCAACUGCUAGGCUUAGUCAUGUCCAUCAUCGGCUGGGUGGGUGGGUUCCUGGUGUGUAUCCUGCCCAUGUGGAGGGUCACCGCCUUUAUUGGGAACAACAUCGUAACAGCGCAGAUCACAUGGGAGGGACUGUGGAUGAAUUGUAUCUGGCAGAGCACAGGGGAGAUACAGUGCAAAGUGUACGACAGCUUAUUGGCUCUUCCAAGUGACAUGAAGGCCGCCCGAGGUCUUACCGUGCUGGCAUCGCUCAUUUGCACCCUGUCACUUACACUCGGUGUUCUGGGUAUCAAGUGCACAGAGUGUGUGGGCCACCAAAGCCUGAAGGCACGAUUGGCCCGAGUGUCGGGCGUGCUCUUUGUCAUUGCAGGGUUCCUCAUCCUUGUGCCUAUCUGCUGGACGGCCCAUUCCAUCAUCAAGGAUUUCUAUGACCCGUAUGUGGCGGCCCCUCACAAACGUGAGCUCGGCCCUGCUCUCUACCUGGGCUGGGGUGGUUCGGCUCUGCUGUUGAUCGGUGGAUCGCUCCUCUAUGCAGGGUCAAAUCCCCCCGGGAUUCCUUCCUCUCCGACAUUUAGCAGCGGGGAGAGCAGCCCACGCCGAGCGGGUGGACCUGCCCAAGUCAAAGGUUAUGUUUAAUGAACAACAGCUACAGAGCAGUCCUCGAAAGAUCUCUCUGCCAGUGUUUCCAAUUGUGAUAGAUUCAAGUUAAUUUUAAUCUGUUUUUUAUGAUUCAGAACAUUUCUGUGGUUGUGUGAUGGAGGUAGAGAAUAGACAUGUGAAAUCAAGUUUCCUUCCCACCUCUAAUGUCCACUUAUAGGUCUGUCUUUCUCUGUAUUUGUCCAUUAUGUCAUUAAAUAAUAAAAAACCUAAGUCCUUUUAAA